GAAAAUGGGAAAGGAUUUAGUUUGACAAGUUUGGUAAAAGUAGUUGAAACUGACACUGAUCAAAAUGAUAAACGCCCAGGUGAUGUACGAAUUCAUCUACCAACCAAUGAUAUCACUUUAAUGCAUUCUGCGGUACCAUUCCUUCCAUUACCGGUUGCUAUAUUUUGUGCUAUAAUUAAUGUUAUUAUGCCUGGAUUAGGAACAAUAAUGAGUGGAUUUUUUGCCUUAUGUCUUGGUCAAACGCGUGUAAAUUAUCGUGAGGGACGAAAAUUAAUGACCAUACUUAUUAAUUCAUUAGUUGGUAUUAGUCAAUUUUUUACCAUUACAUUCUUGUUUGUUGGAUGGUUUUGGUCAAUGGCUUGGGGUGGCUUACUUAUUAUCUAUUCUGUACAGUAUCGUGAUGCAUUACGUCAACGUCGACAAGAAGCAAUUGCAACAGCAGCAUUGGAAGCAUUAACUCGAGAUUCAAUUUUGCAUCGUCGUGAUGUGAAAACACUUGUUAUUGAGCAUAAAGGAAAGAAUGAAACGAAAAAAGAUGGUGAAACAAAUGCAUAG